UCCGUUCUUUCCAACGAUCUUCGUCCCACACGCCUCACCGGCCCCUAUAUCACCACCCAACAACUCUUUUUUUUUCCCACACUAUCGAUAAUGAAGGUCACUAAUUCUCUUCUCUCGCUGCUCUCGGUGUCUCUGGUCUCUGCCGGACCCAUUCCCAUCAGCCAUGAGUCCACUGUCCUAAGACGGACCGACCACCUCGCAGCACCGGCUCCGGCACCAGCUGUUCACCCACCACCGGCCGCCCCGGCAGUUGCUCCGGAAGCAGCACCGGUGCAUCCCCCUGUUGAUGCCGGUGCAGACAAGGCUGCUGCCGACAAAGCCGCCGCCGAUCACAAGGCCGCCGCCGAUGCCAUGGAGCAGAUGCACGUCGCGAAAGCUCAAGAGGCUGAUAAGCAGCACCAAGAGGCGGCAAAGGCAAUGGAAGCACAGCAUAUCCAGGACGAACAGGCCAAGGAUCUUGCUGCCCAGGAAGCUGCCAAGAAGAUGGAGGAAAUGCACGUCGCGGAAGCGGAGGCGAAAGACAAGGCUUCUCAGGAAGCUGCGAAAGCAAUGGAAGCUCAGCACAUCGCAGACGCACAGGCAAAGGACAAGGCCUCUCAAGAAGCGGCGAAAGCAAUGGAAGCCCAGCACGUCGCUGAAGCCCAAGCGAAAGACAAGGCUCACCAGGAAGCCGCAAAAGCUAUGGAAGCCAUGCACGUCGCUGAAGCCCAGGCGAAAGACAAGGCUGCUCAAGAGGCUGCUGCCGCACAAAACCCUCCUCCUCCACCCCCAGCUCAUGUUGCUCCCCCACCCCCUCCAGCCCACGUUGCAACUCCUCCUCCUCCACCUCCUGCUCAUGUCGCCGCACCACCCCCUCCAGCCCACACUGCCGCCCCUGUUGCCUCAUUCUCCAUCUCUGAAUCUGUUGCACCCGCGGCAGUUUCAAGCCAUGUCGCUCCACCACCAGCUGUCGUUGUCUCCGCCGAGGCAGCAACAAGCUCAGUAGUUGCUGCGUCUACGCACGUCACCAGCAGCGUCGCUGUGGCGUCUGCCAGUCACGUCGCCGCUGAAUCCGCUCCCCCAGCCGUAGUUGUUUCGGUCGAGUCUACUACUUCUAGCCACGUCGCUGAGGCUACUCCACCUCCCGCUGCCGUAGAAGAGGCCCCAGCCGCCGUCAUGCCUCCCCCACCGCCAGCUAUGGCGAACGCGACUAUUGUUGCAAACCAGACCGCCUCUGCAGUAGCCCCACCACCCGCCCUCGAUACCCAGAAGGCCGCCGAGGACCAGAAGAAGGCUGAAGAAGAACAGAAGAAGGUCGAGGAACAGCAAAAGGAAGCCGACCGCAAGCAAGCCGAGGAGGCUGCCAAGCUUGAGGAACAGAAGAAGAAGGAAGCUAAAGAUGCCGCUAAGAAGGAGGCUGAUGCCGCUAAGAAGGACGAGGAGCAGAAGAAGAAGGAAGCAGACGCUGCUGCUAAGAAAGAAGAGGAAGCUGCUAAGAAGGCUGACGAGGAGAAGAAAAAGGAAGCAGAUGCGGCCGCUAAGAAGGAAGAGGAAGCUGCUAAGAAGGAUGCGGACGCGAAGAAGAAGGAAGAAGAAGCUGCUAAGAAAGCUGACGAGCAGGAGGCUAAGAAGGUUGAGGAGGAAGCAAAGAAGGCUGAAGAGAAGCAAAAAGAAGAUGAUAAGAAGGCUGAAGAGGCAAACAAGCAGAACGAAGAAGAUCGCAAAGAUCAGGAUGGCAAGGACGACAAGGAGGGGGAGCAGGGCGCCGCUGCUGCUCAGCUUUCACCUCCUACUCUCGAUGAUGAGGCACAGCUCUCGAAUAAGGUCACCGUUGUCGGUCUUGCCCCCAGAGCCUUCGUUGCUUAGGACGACCAUCUCAAUCGUCCAGAGGCUGACCCAUACUGCUGCGAUUAUUCAUGGAGGAAGAUUGGUUGAGGCGGAGGAGGACACAUGAAAGUAAACUUUUCCUGUAUUUUCUAUCUAACUGUUUUUCUCUUUUCGGGAAAACUACAUUACGCUUUACUUUGUGAGCUAGACUAUCUGCAUGGCUUGGCUAAAUAAUUUAUGAACAUUCUCUAAACGAGAUUGCUAUUUUCUUCAGUCGCUCUUUUGACAUAUUCAAUAAUUACUGUGCUUUCAAGAGCCUCUGUCUCGAGUUGCUCUUCCUAAUCUGUAGUUCCUGCCACACAAGGCGUUGCAGGCGCAGUUGCGAGUACAAUUUGUAGCGUUCACAAUUGACUACGCAUGAUACCGGAGUCAGCUGUAUCUCCCCCAAUCUAAAUUGCGAUAAUGCAUUAUUAUAUCUCAAGCAGUAUGAUACCGAUCUUCCGAAUCCCACGAAACCCGGAAAACC